AUGGAGGGUGCAGCAGCACUGGCAGUCGGAGGAUGGCUAGCGCAGCCUGUCAUCAAGAUGCUUGUCGACAGUGUGUGGACAUCGUCGCUGAGAGGAAAGCUGUACGGGCUUCAGGACAAUGACCUGCAAAAGCUACAAAGAUCGCUGCUUAACAUCCACACGAUCGUCGACAAGGCAGCGAUGAGAUGGAGCAGGGACGCAAGGUUAGUCGAGAUGAUGAAGCAACUCCAAGAUGCCGCUUACGACGCCGAAGACUUCCUCGAUGAACUGAGGUUUCAUGGCAUGAAGCAAAAGAUUAAAGAAGAGGCAAGUCACAAGGUUCUUACACAAUUUUCUAGAGCUAUUAGGAACGCCAAAACUAAAUUGUUCAGUGACUCUGUCAAAAGACUGAACAAGAUUCAGAAAACGUUGGAUGAUAUUUAUGCUGACAUGAAGGAAAUGUGCCAAUCAUUACAAGUGGAUGCAUCUGAUGGGCAAUAUCAAUCUGAUUUGGCGUCGGCCACACGAGAAACAAGCUCUUUCUUGAUCAGCAAAGUGUUUGGCAGAGAGGAAGAGCAAAAGAGAAUAAUAGAGCAAUUACUAAGAUCAACAGACGAGUCAGCAUCCGCAAGUGACAACGGCAGUAGCUUCUCGGUCAUACCUCUUGUCGGAAUAGGAGGUGUUGGGAAGACUACUCUGGCUCAGCUUGUUUACAAAGACGAAGAGAUUCAGAACCAUUUCGCCCUCAAGAUUUGGAUUUGUGUGUCCGAGAAUUUUAAUGUGCAAAGACUCACCAAGGAGAUGAUCGAGUCUGUAACCGAGACUGAACAUGCUUCACAAAUGAAGUUAGAUGUUCUCCAAAACAUUCUAAAAAGGGAAAUUGCAUCUAAGAUGAUUCUGUUAGUCCUCGACGAUGUCUGGAAUGAAGACAAGGAGGAGUGGAGAAAAUUGUGUGCGCCAUUCAUGUAUGCUGCUGCAGGAAGCAAGGUCAUAGUGACAACUCGGAGCAAGAGCAUUGCUGACAAAAUUGGUACAGUGGAGGCGAUUGUUCUUGGCAGUUUAGAUGAAAUAUCUUAUUGGGAGCUGUUCAAGCAAUGCGCAUUUGGUUCUUCCAAACCUGAGGAGCACCCAGAACUUGCGGACAUCGGGAGAAGUAUAGCUUUGAAGUUGAAGGGCUUGCCACUAGCAGCAAAAACAGUGGGAAACUUAUUAGGAUCCAACAUGAACCCACGCCACUGGAGAAGUAUAAUGAAGAGCGAGAUAUGGGAAUUGCAACAGAAUAAAAAUGAUAUUAUUCCAGUCCUACAACUGAGCUAUCAAUAUCUUAAUCCACCUCUCAAGCGGUGUUUUGCCUUCUGUUCUCUCUUUCAAAAGAAUUACAUGUUUUCUGAAAUUGAAUUAACAAGAAUGUGGAUGGCCGAAGGGUUCGUUGUAGCUCAAGGAAAUCAGAGGAUGGAAGACGUAGCAAGUAAGUACUUUCAUGAGUUGGUCAACAUGUCUUUGUUUCAACAAGAAGCAACAUUUGGGAGGCAUUAUUACGUGAUGCAUGACCUCAUACAUGAUCUAACACAGUUGGUUUCUGUGGACGAAACAAGUAGGAUGGAUAAUGGCAAGUCCAAUAAGAUAUCAACUACCCUCCGUCAUCUAGCAGUUGAAACAAAGUUAGUAGAGACAAAAGAUUUGAGGUCUAGAUUCAAGAAAUUGCAUUCUCUAUUCUGCCAACAUCUUAAGUCACCAUCCGUUAACUUUAUUGAAAAAUUAAGAAGCAUUCGUGUAUUGGUUUUGUGUGAUUGUGGCUUGCAGAUGCUGCCUACGAGUGUUGGUGAAUUGGUACAUCUCCGGUACUUGGACAUUUCUUACAAUAAAAUAAAAAAAUUGCCUGAAUCACUGUGUGAACUCUACAAUUUGCAAACACUGGAAGCAAGCUGCAACUCACUAAUCUCUCUUCCAGAAGAUAUAAGUCAGCUGAUUAACUUGAGGCAUCUUGAUGUUGAAAAUGAAAUAGUUGUAAAGAUAAAAAUGAUAGGGAGGCUAACCUCUCUGCAAGAAUUGUCUGAACUCCAAGUGCGAAAGGAAGUUGGAUUCAUGAUCACAGAGCUAAGUGGUUUGCAGCAGCUUCAUGGAAAACUCAAAAUUACUAAUUUGGAGAAUGUUGGAAGUAAAGAAGAGGCUGAAAAGGCUCAAAUGAAGUACAAAGAGUACCUUGAUGCUCUAGAGUUGGAAUGGGGAUUUGAUCCCGAGUUGGAGAACAAGUUAGUUGCCGUGGAGGAGGUACUUGAAGGACUCCAACCACAUGAGUCACUAAAACGAUUAGAUAUCAGGAGGUAUUGUGGUGCCAGAUCACCCAGCUGGAUGAAAAAGGAGGAGUUAUCCGACUUGGAAAGACUUGAGUUGAGUUACUGUGAGAGUUGGAAAGAUAUUUCCUGCACUGCAUUGCUGCCGCACCUCAAGGUCUUCAACAUAGAGGGCAUGUGGUUCUUGAAAUCAUGUUUUGAGGUAUGUGGCUCUAGAGAGAGCAAACUAUUUCCUAUGCUAGAAGAGCUACAGAUGUGGAACAUGAAUGCAUCGGAAGAAUUACCCAAUCUUGGACGAUUUCCUUGUCUGAGGGUUGUUCGAAUGAUAGAAAUAAAAUCAUUGAAACACAUAGAUUUUACGGCAUCCGGUGCCAUAGAAAAUUCCUUGUUUCCUAUGCUAGAAGAGUUGGAGUUGAGAGACAUGCAUGCGUUGGAAGAUAUCUCCACUCUAGGGCAUUUUCCACAUCUCAGGAUUCUUCUCAUGAUAGGAAUGCCGUUGUUGAGAGACAUUGAUUUUGCAGCAUCCGGUGCCAUAGAAAAUUCCUUGUUUCCUAUGCUAGAAGAGUUGGAGUUGAUGCACAUGGAUGUGCUGGAAGAGUUCUCUUAUUUAGGACAUUUUCCACGUCUCAGGAUUCUUCGCAUGAUAGGAAUGCAGUUGUUGAGACACAUUGGUUUUGCAUCAGUUCAUGCCACAGAAAAUGAUUUGUUCCCUGUGCUAGAAGUGCUGGAACUGAUGGACUUGCCAGUUUUAGAGGAGCUCCCUUAUUUUGGUUCACUUGCAUGUCUCAAGUCUCUAUGCAUGUGCGGGAUGUCUAUGUUAAAACAUAUUGAUUUUUCUUUCUAUGGUGCUACAGAAAAUGUACUACUUCCAAGGGUAGAGACGCUAGUACUGCGUGACCUGGAGGCACUUGAGGAGCUUCCUAGUAAUCUUGGACGACUUCCAUGUCUUAAGCUUCUUGACAUUGUAAAUAUAUCUGCAGUAAAACAGAUAGAUCAUGGGUUCUUUAGCACUGAAGCUAUAUCCAAGUGUUUUCUUAGCUUGGAAAGUUUCUCGAUCAGCAACAUGCCGGCAUGUGAAGGGUGGUGUUGGAUUGACGGCAGCGAGCUAUUUCCAAGCUUACAAAGACUUGUAAUCUAUGGAUGCCCUAAGCUCGAGAGGUUACCUCCUCUCCCACCUUCACUUACACAUUUAACACUAGAAGAAGUUGGGUUAACAGAGCUAUCAAAUGGAAGCGGAGGCAAUCAAACGACAUCAUCUCUCUCAGACUUACGAAUCAGUGAGUGCAACAAUUUGACAAGCUUAGAAGAAGGGUUGUUGUCGCAGAAUCUAUCAAAUAUCGAAGUCAUUCAUAUAGAAACAUGUAAUGAACUCAUGCGGAUGCCUCUCAAGAGAUUUGAAAACUUCACUUCGCUCAAGGAAUUAUGGAUAAGAGCUUGCCCCAAGCUUAGCCUGACACUAGAAGAGGAAGCCGCCCUCCUUCCUCCAUCAAUCAAAAUUUUAAAAUUGGACGACUGUGGUGAUCUUGACAAAUUGUUGCUUGGCAACCUCUACAAUUUGACCUCACUCACUGAAUUUGAAAUUGCCAACUGCCGCCACGUACAAUCUCUUCCAAGAGGACUUUUUCUCUGCUUGAGCCGGCUUGAGCGUUUAACUAUUACCGAUUGCCAUGAGUUGAGACUAGUAGAGGGGUUGGAAGGUUCAAGGUCUCUCUGGCGGUUGGUGAUCAGAAGAUGUCCCAAUCUUUCAUCUAAUCCAGUUGAGCAAGGAGGGGAAGGCUUUUUGCACCAACUUCGUUCUUAUGAGAUUGAUUGA